CCCUCCCUCCCGCGGUUUCCAACUUACCAUUUCUUAAAAAACUCUCUCAUCUUCCCUUUUCAUAACCCAAUCUAUUUCUCCUUCAUAACCCAUCACAAUUUCCUUCUUACCAAGUUAUUACCACACAAUCAAGUCUACAACAAUCACCUCCCCUGUCAUAUUGAUCCAAUCGUUCGGUUAGUACAUCAGCGAAGCCUUUCCCGAAUCAGAUAUCAGAUUCAAUCCUUCAAAUUUUUGAGAAAUCCAAGUUUUUUAACCAUACAACUGCAAAAUGAACGACCUUUUUUCAAGCUCUCUCUCCCGAUACCGCAACGAAGAAGAGCCAUCCCCAUCUCAUGUCAUCGAGAUGGCAAACACAUCCCCUAAUGUCGGAGCAAACCUCGACAAGUUCUAUGAAGACGUAGAGGCCAUUAAGAAUGAACUCAGAGAGCUCGAAACUCUGUACAAUCACCUGCAAACCGCCCACGAGCAAAGCAAAACUCUGCAUAACCCAAAAUCCAUCAAGGACCUCAGAGCCAAGAUGGAUAACGACGUCGCUUCAUCUUUGAAGAAGGCCAAGUUCAUAAAGGUCCGCCUAGAAGCGCUUGAUAGCUCCACCGCGGCCAACCGUAAGCUCCCAGGCUGCGGCCCUGGUAGCUCCUCCGAUAGAGCCAGGACUUCCGUCGUCAAUGGGCUGAGAAAGAAACUGCAAGAUUCAAUGAAUUCUUUCAAUGAAUUGCGUGGAAAGAUUGCAAAGGAGUACAAAGAGACAAUACAGAGAAGGUACUUCACUGUGACCGGUGAGAAUGCAGAUGAAGCCACUGUGGAAAAGUUGAUAUCAACAGGCGAGAGUGAGACAUUCUUGCAGAAAGCAAUACAGCAACAAGGGAGAGGAGAGAUAAUGGACACCAUACUGGAGAUUCAAGAGAGACAUGAUGGGGUCAAAGAAAUGGAGAAGAACUUGAAAGAGUUGCACCAGGUGUUCCUUGACAUGGCAGUUUUGGUGCAGAGCCAGGGUGAGGAACUGGAUGAUAUUGAGAGUCAUGUGAAGAGAGCCGACUCCCUCGUCCGUGGCGGUGUCCGGCAGCUGGAUGUGGCGAGGAAGCAUCAGAAGAAUACCAGGAAGUGGACUUGUUAUGGGAUCAUUCUGUUGCUGGUGAUCUUGUUGGUUAUUCUCUUCAGCAUUAGGCCAUGGGAGUAACAAAAAUAUUCAAACAUAGGGUUUGCUUCAAUACAUAAAUAGUUAUCACAUCGUUGUUUUUCCUCUGUAUGUACUAUCUUUUAUGCAAAAAAUUUUAUAUCAAAUGAUGGGGCACAAGAUUGAGAGAACGUCAAGUUUUUGGCAGGUUGGGACAAAAGAAGAUAUUUUUUGUAGUCAAUUGUCAUGUUUUUGUCAAAGAGUUUGA